UCACAGCAACGUCAUCAACGCUCGUCCUCCGUCAUCUUCAUGCGACUGUCAGCACUCUCACAUGGCUGCUCCUCUUGUGUUUAUACUAAACAGGAUCUUUAGCCAUAUUUAAAUGACAGAUCGAUAUGUUUUCCUGCACACUCCUUUUUCCGGUUUAAUCACAAUCGCAUGUGCUCUCGUGCCGUUUCCGGUGCUGUGGAUCUUCUGCUGAUCCCGAACAACAUCUGUACACUUCUGGCUGUGCUGGAAUUGCAGAAGAGCUGACUGAGCGAUGGCUCUCUUCAUGAUUAACCGAUAUCUAGGAGAGGAGGAGGAAAGUAAAUCAAAUGGCGAGUCAAGGUCCAAAGCUUUGCUAAGCAAGCUCCAGGAACGCGCCAAGGCCAGAGAACAACAGAGUCUUGCAACUAAGAAGGAGUCAGAUGUCCAGGAUACAAAGACAAGUGAACAGAGCGGUGUAGGAAAGACUAAAAGAAAACUCGAGCAACAAGACAAAAAGCAGUCGAAGAAGAAGCGAAAGGAAAGCAUUAGAGAGCAGGAUGAUGCUGAUGACACGCCUGUGGAACACACAGAUCUGGGUACGAGUGACCAGUCGAGAAAGAAAAAGAAGAAAAAAGACAAAAAGGGAAGCGGAACUCAAGAGGAGAAGCAACAGACAGAGGCCACUGGAGCAGCAGACGAGCCUGAAAGCCAAAAAAGUGCAGACGCACAGCCUGAGCAGUCAAACACAAGCUCCAGCUUUCACAUCCUGGGCGGAUUUGAGAAUAAAGCGGUUCAGAAGGUCCAGAGGGUGCUGCCUAAGUGGCUGGCUGAGCCGGACAUGAUCGAGAGAGACGUUAAGAGCAAUUUGAUCCCUCUUGUUGAUGUGCCAGGAAUUUGUCCCCUGCUACGGAAGAAACUGGAGGCCAACGGGAUCCAGACCUUCUUCCCAGUUCAAGCUGAGGUGAUCCCCGCUGUCUUGGAGAGUGUGAAUUCAGGUCUUCUGAUUGGUCGAGGAGGUUACAGGCCCAGAGACAUCUGUGUGUCUGCGCCUACAGGAAGUGGAAAGACGCUGGCGUUUGUUAUACCUGUCGUCCAGGCGCUGAUGACGCGAGUGGUGUGUGAAGUCCGUGCCCUGGCUGUGUUGCCCACCAAAGAGCUUGCGCAGCAGGUGUAUAAAGUUUUCUGCACUUAUGCUGAAGGAACUGGGCUAAAAGUUGUAAUGGCUGCUGGGCAGAAACCUUUUGCUGUAGAGCAAGCAACUCUUUCAGAAAUCAGAGGGGGUGUCAGUCGGAGUUUGGCAGAUAUCGUCGUGGCAACACCAGGUCGUCUGGUGGAUCACAUCAACAAAAACGAAGGUUUCAGUCUUCAGCAUCUUCGUUUUCUGAUCAUAGACGAGGCAGACCGAAUGAUCGACAGCAUGCAGCAGGCUUGGCUCAAUCAGGUGACCAAGGCGGUCUAUAAAAGUGGGCGUGGCUCAGAGGUGUCAAUCUUUAGGAGGGUGGAGCCUGGGCCAAUUACAGUGGCGAGUCUGUCUCCACCGCAGAUGCCGCUGCAGAAGCUGCUCUUCUCGGCCACUCUGACGCAAAACCCGGAGAAACUGCAGCAGCUGGGCCUCCACCAGCCUCGUCUCUUCAGCUCCACACACAGCUCAACAGGCGAAGAGAAAUUCAACUUCCCUCAGGGCCUGACUGAGUACUACGUCUGCUGCACGCUGAGCAAGAAGCCGCUUCUUAUUCUGCACUUCCUGCUGCGCCUGAAGUUCAGUCCUGUUCUGUGCUUCACAAACUCAAGAGAAGCAGCACACAGGCUCUUUUUACUGGUGAAGCUUUACGGAGGUGUGGAAGUGGCAGAAUUCUCCUCCAGACUCAGUCCUAGCGAGAGACAGAAGACUCUCAAGAAUUUUGAACAAGGGAAAAUUCAGCUGUUGAUCAGCACUGACGCUGCGGCCAGAGGAAUCGAUAUUAAAGGAGUUAAAUGCGUCAUUAAUUACGAUGCUCCUCAGUACAUCAGGACGUACAUCCACAGGGUGGGAAGAACAGCGAGAGCUGGGAGAGCUGGUGUGUCCUUCACCUUUGUCUUAGGAGUACAGUUGGAAAAAUUUGUGAAGAUGGUUCAGGACGCUGGAAGUCCGAGUCUACAGAAGCAGACUGUUAAACCAGAAAGUCUCAGAGGCAUGGAGAGCCGCUAUGAAGAAGUUUUAAACGAGCUGGGAAGAGUUAUAAAGGAGGAAAAUACCCAGAAGCGUUUCUGAGUAGAUGUUUGCAAGAGUAAAUAUUUGGCCUUCUCAGUGUACCCUUGUUCCUGUUCAGAUUUUGACUUUUUGAAUAAAAAUAAAAAAAUGA